AAUUUUAAUUUCGAUUGGACACCAGUUAAUUAAAGAGUUGUUUGAGAUUGUAUUGGAUGUCGAUCUCUACCAAGUACCAUCAUACCUAUUUAUGCAGAUGUCACCUCUUCAAAUAGAUUAAAAAAUGAUAUUGACACCUCUGACAAAUUUUAUAAAACUCAUUAGAAUGUUAAUAUUCUGAUAAUGGUACUUUAAUGCUCGAGUUAGAAUGAUACACAUUAAUAGAGAUAGAGAAACUGACGAUAAAACAUCCUAUUGACAAACAGAAUCAAAACGAUUGCCUUUUUGAUCGAUUUCUAUCUAUUAAGGGGAUUCUUAGAAAAUCGAAUUUUUCAAGAAAAUAUUCAAGUUAAGUUUUUAUCAUAGGAAGAUGAAGCGAACCUUCCUCUUUCAGAAUAUAUAUGGCUUCCAGGAAAAUGACCAGAUUUUCAAAAACUUAUCACAUGAAACUUUGAGUCGACUAAAAAAUUUUCGUGGUUUUUAAAAUUUUUCAGUUUGGGAAAAAGUGCGUUGCCACUUGUAUUAUCAUUGAAUAGAAGAUUUUAAUACCAUCCAGCAUAUCAGAUGGCAUUAGCUACCUUCAUCGAUCACGUACUUUCAAACAGUCUACUGAAAUAUAUAAAAAAUAUCCGAUUGUAAUAUGAUUUGUUCUGGAUUUGAAUGAAAAAUCCAUUUCUAUAGUGUGCAUUAAAGUGUCUUUCGAGAGGGGUAACACUGUUAUUUUAAAUAGUAUCAAUAAAAAAUUUUAUGCCAAAUUAAAGCGCGUCAAAAAUGGGAUCUAUCAGUAUUAAAUAGUAAAAGUUUUAGUAACUUUUCAAUGUUGAAUUAAUGAAAUUUCUAGAAUUUGAUGUCAUUUUGUCAAAGAAAGUUUUCCUGCAUGAGAUACGGUUCAAACUAGAUCUUCUUCAAAAUCAUCAAUAUCAAACGAUUUUUGAAAAGUUUAUAGAACUUUUACUAUUUACUACUGAUAGAUUUCAUUUUUGAUGCGCUUUAAUUUGGUACAAAAUUGUUUAUUGAUCCUAUUUAAAAUAACAAUAUUAAUCCCCUGGCAAAACACUUCUGCGCAUACUCUUAAAACUUCUUUAGAGUUUUUCUCAAAACACUGUUCCUAGACAGGAAAAUUCAAAUAACUCCCACUUGGUCCGAGGUAUCAUUGAUGUUGUUUUUUGUUUUAAAAGUCUUGACCAGGGCUAACUUUUCAUCAGACGAAUUUUUCAUACUUGAUUCGAGAGCUAACAAAAAUGCGAUUUACUACCGUGGAAUGACAUUUUUUUUAGAUUAGAUGCUUUAUUUCAAUUUCCAGACAUCUCUUUUGUUUCCUGUUUAUCAAGAUAUAGGAGAUCUAGGAAUUGAUUUUAUUCGAUCAAGAUUUGGCAAGUGGUAACAAUAUAUUUAAUGAAUAGAUAUUUAAAUUGAAACGCUAUUCAAUGAUCAUCUAUACCAAUUAAUCAAUAUCUCCAAUAAGAUUGUAUAUCUCCUAUACUUCCUAAUAUCUCCUGUAUCUUGAUAAACAGAAAACAAAAUGUUUAUCCGGAAAUUGAAAUAAAGCAUGAUACGCAAGUGAUAUAUUAGAAGCAUUAAAUCGUUUAUUAUAUGAUAAUAGAGAAUUAUAUUUAAGUGAAACAAAUCAAUUAAUAAAUGGUGAUGAAUGUUUUCAAUUGUUUGAAAGAGAAAGUUGGGAUGAUGAACAAUAUACUGGACGUAAACGUUUAUCAGGUAGAUUUCAUAAUCGUUUUAUUGAAUUAGAUUUUAAUUAUUUAUUAGAAUAUGAAUUAGAAAUAAUUAUUGAAAAAAAGAAAUAUCAAUUACCUAAAACAUAUUGA